GUUGCGGCGGUGAAGAGACGCAGAUCCCGGGGCUGAGAGUGCAGGCAGUCCCGGAUAUAAAGACGGAUGAUGGAAGCAGAGGCGGUGUUGCAAGAGAAGGCUUUUAAAUUUAUGUGCUCUGUGCCCAGGUCUCUGUGGUUGAGUUGCUCUAGCCUGGCGGACAGCAUGCCUUCGCUGCGAUGCCUGCACACCCCAGGGACCGGCACACUGACCGCUUUCCAGUGUUCUGAUGAGAGAGAAGAUUGUCAUAAUGAGGAGCCCCCUAGGAAGAUUAUCCCAGAGAAGAAUGUGUACAGACAGACUAAACUUGCCAAUGGAACAUCCAGCAUGAUCGUCCCCAAGCAGAGGAAGCUGUCUGCCAACUAUGAGAAGGAGAAGGAGCUCUGUGUGAAGUAUUUUGACCAGUGGUCAGAGAGUGACCAGGUGGAGUUUGUCGAGCAGCUUAUUUCCCGGAUGUGUCACUACCAGCACGGACACAUCAACUCUUACUUGAAGCCCAUGUUACAGAGGGAUUUCAUCACUGCACUACCAGCUCGGGGUCUGGAUCACAUUGCAGAGAAUAUCUUGUCCUACCUGGAUGCCCAAUCUCUCUGUGCUGCCGAGUUGGUUUGUAAAGAGUGGUACAGAGUGACGUCAGAUGGCAUGCUGUGGAAGAAACUAAUCGAGAGGAUGGUCAGGACAGACUGUCUGUGGAGGGGGUUGGCAGAGAGAAGAGGAUGGGGCCAGUAUCUGUUUAAAAAGAAGCCCCCAGAUGAGAAGACCCCACCCAACUCAUUCUACAGAGCACUUUAUCCCAAAAUUAUACAGGACAUAGAGACAAUAGAGUCAAACUGGCGUUGUGGAAAGCACAGCUUACAACGAAUCGACUGCAGAAGUGAAACCAGCAAAGGGGUAUACUGCCUGCAGUAUGACGAUCAGAAGAUUGUGAGUGGUCUUCGAGACAACACUAUAAAGAUUUGGGAUAAGAACACGUUGGAAUGUAAACGAGUUCUUACAGGACACACGGGUUCAGUGUUGUGUCUGCAGUACGAUGAGAGAGUCAUUGUCACUGGAUCUUCAGACUCCACUGUCAGGUACUGGGUAUAUGUCAUUGUCACUGGAUCUUCAGACUCCACUGUCAGAGUGUGGGAUGUGAGCACAGGCGAGAUGUUAAAUACAUUAAUUCAUCACUGUGAGGCGGUGUUGCAUCUGCGCUUCAGCAAUGGCAUGAUGGUGACCUGUUCAAAAGACCGCUCAAUUGCAGUGUGGGACAUGGCUUCCCCCACAGACAUUACUCUCAGGAGGGUGCUGGUGGGGCAUCGGGCAGCAGUCAAUGUUGUUGAUUUUGAUGAUAAAUAUAUAGUGUCUGCCUCGGGAGACAGAACUAUCAAGGUGUGGAACAGCGGUACAUGUGAGUUUGUUCGGACUCUAAACGGACAUAAACGUGGUAUCGCCUGUUUACAGUACAGAGACAGACUUGUAGUGAGUGGAUCCUCUGAUAACACGAUCAGAUUGUGGGACAUUGAGUGUGGAGCUUGCUUACGAGUACUCGAGGGACAUGAAGAGCUGGUACGAUGUAUUCGCUUUGAUAACAAGAGGAUAGUCAGUGGGGCUUACGAUGGAAAAAUCAAAGUUUGGGAUCUGGUUGCUGCCUUGGACCCCCGAGCGCCUGCAGGAACACUGUGUCUGCGGACUCUUGUGGAGCAUUCUGGAAGGGUGUUCAGACUGCAGUUUGACGAGUUCCAGAUAGUCAGCAGCUCUCAUGAUGACACAAUCCUAAUGUGGGAUUUCUUGAAUGACCCAGACACACAGGCAGAGUCCUCGCGCUCCCCCUCCCGGACAUACACCUACAUCUCAAGAUGAAUGAUCAACAUUACUCCAUACCUCCUGCUUGCACAGGACUUCUUGCGCCGUGGUAUUUAUAGGUAGUAUUGAAAUGCCAGAUACUGUUAACUCAACCUGGUCUAACCUGAGGAAAAGGUUUUCAGCCCAGCAGGCAAAUCAGCUUGGGACUAUGGGGAGUGAAGGACUUCUGAAAGUGCUGCUAAUGAGAAAUAUCUGUAUCACAGAACACGAGAAGAGCUUUUGAAAGUGUCAGCCCCCCCACCUCCCAUAAUGUCAUGUAUGAAUAAUAAUUAUUGUGUAAACCGAAAAUCUGCUGCUUUUCCAUAACUGACUAGCAUGGGCAUCUUCAUGUUUUAAAGGGUGAGGUUACAAAAAUAGUAUAGUCCCAUCUUUUUGUUCAAGUGAUGCACAUUAAGCAUGUUGUGUGCGUGCGUGUAUGUUGCACACAUUUUACCAACCACCCAUGCACCAGCGAUAAUGUAUGGUAAAUCAUUUUUGCUUGUGUAAGACACUACUAAAGCCCACUGUUUUUGUAACGCAUUAAAAGCUGUAAUUGGGAACAGAAUGCCCAAAUGCCACUGAAUAACUAAGGUACCUUAAAGGUAUAGUAAGCUAGCUUUAUAUGAAAAUUUGGUCGUCUUUUCUCUUUUGAGUCAAAGUCAGUGUAAAUCUUGGAAAACUAAUUUCAACAACAAACCAAUAAGGGGGUUUCUAAUUAUUUGCCAAUGUGAUGUAUGAAUAUAUUAUUGAAUAUGCAGUGUGUACAUUUGUUUUGUGCUUAGUCAUGGUUUAGUGAUGGCUUAUGAAACUUAUGAUUCCCCAAUUUGAAACACACAACGCAUACACUCAGUGCCAUGAUUUACAUCCUGUACUACCUUAUCCCCCUCCUUCACCCUGUGUCUAAUACACAAUAUAUAUAUUCAGAUAUAAAUAAAUAUACAUAAUUGUUUGCACACCAGAAUUAACUGGGAAUAAACCAGCUUGUAUAGAGUAACAUGGGAGCAUACCUAAUUUCACACAGGAGUUCUGCUGGUUUGGACUGCAGUGUGAGUAAUGAAAGUAAACUAAACAGUGCAACGGAUCAUCUCCAAUUUCUGUGUCAGAGAGGCAUCUUCCUUUUGAGUUGUAUUGCCCCUUUCUUUUACAUUAAUCCUCACACUGACCAGUUCAGGUAAAUGGCUUUUACAGUUGAUCCCCUUUGCUGCAGAGAUUUUUCGUUUUGAUUACUCUAUAUUUGUAUGGGUCAUUUUCCUAGAAAUGUAAAAUGUGUUUUGUGCUUGUUCUCUGGUCAGUUGCCAAAAUGAACAAUUGUGAAGGUGGAUCACUGACAUGCUUAUCUGUAAAAGUGGACAUGGUAUUUAAAUAUGGAAAGAGACCUAAAUAUAUUAUUAGUAUAUUUUUUAAAGGUGCAUGGAAAUGUCAAUAAUUAGUACACUGGGUUUUAGAACUGAACUUUAUUUAUUAACUUUUGUAAAUAUAAUGUAAAAUAAAAUACAUAUGUAUAAUAAUAUUUGCGAUAGUUAAAGCAAUUGUAAUUUGUUUUCUGUAGAGGCCAACAUUUCUAUAAUAAAAGAAAGUGAAUUACUUCAGUUUAAAUGUUGUCUUAAAAUACACCACUUUGUAAAUGACAUAAUUUCAAAUUGAAAGCUUUUUAAUGCUUGAUCUUUCCAAACUGUGAAAAAAAAGAAUUGGUGGUUGAGAGAACUAAGAAAAUCUUUGGUACAUCAUAGUACUGUAUAGAAAAAUGUCCAUUUAUUUUUAACCAUGAAUUUAAUUUUUGGUAGCUGAGGAAGUUGAACAUGAAUCAUAAAACAAAAUAUGACAAAACAUCCGUUUACCAAGUUGAACCCAUUUUUGUAUAGUAAUCUAAAAAUGUAGAUUGUGACCUGGGUACAUGGUAAAUUUGAAAAUGAGAAUUAUUUGUACAUUUUUAAAAGUUACAUAUUAUAUAGCAAGAAUGUAAUUGCAUAUUUUAAUAAUGAUGUGUUAUAAGCAUCUGGAUUUAAAGUAAUGUGACUAAUAACAAUAGUACAAACAAUGAGAGCUGUAGUAUACAAUAGAGUGAUACACAUUAAUAGUGGGUGAGAAACUUUGGAUUAAUUUUAAUUUAAUUUCAAUUACUUUGUGCUUGAACAACUCAUUUAAAAUGUACAUAGUUUUGUUUAGGGGGGGGGAUCCACGGAAAGGGGAUUUUGGCUCUACUUUAAAAUGUUUGAGUUGGUCUAAAGCAGGGGUCUCCAGCCCUGGUCCUGAAGAGUUACUGUGGAUGCUGGUUUUCGUUUCAACCAAUCUCUCGAUUACUUGAACCAAUUGACUUAAUUAGUCAAGAUUAACAGCUGUUUCAGAUUUUUAGCCACUGGUGAAGUAAAAGCGUCUGUAAAAGCUGCUGAGUAGGGGCUUUGCAGGACCACGGUUGGAGACCCCUGCUGUAAAGACUGCAGUGUAUCCCUGUUUUAGCCAAUGCAAAGGCUUGUAGAAGGGUCACUCUGUAAGUUUACAAUGUUUGUUCUAUAGGUCCUCUGGUAAAUAAGUGCUGUCAGUGGUGUGAUUUUGUUUAAGGUAAAAUGAUGUGUAGUUAAUGUACUAAUGUGUUCAUAAAAUGUUUGGUUUUUUAACUGUCGGUAAAAAGUAACAAAAUAUAAAAUGAAACUUGUCUCAUGGUUGCAAGGUGUUAAGUUUGCAUAAAAGACAAUGUUGUUCAUUAUUAAAAUGUUUUAUACUGUGUA